CCUGGGAGCCCGCCCGCCCGCCUUGCUACCAGUGCCACUAGCAUCCCGUAAUACAAACACAAGUCAUGCUAAGCGAUUCCUAAGCCAAAACCCGCACCUUACGUAGCUCUUCCCAGCUCCCAAGAAGCAUUGCUGUCCAUCCCACCACUUGCCAUCUUCAAACCACCCCGCCAAAACUAUCUAACAGAGCUGCCCACCUGUCGCGACCACGAACACAAACGUCUUGAUACCCCUCCUCUUCCCAAACCAUCACCACCACCCACUCAUCUCAAAAUGUCCGACAUCAAGGGACCUACCCCGCAACAGCACGACGGCAGCGCCCUGCGCAUCGGUAUUGUCCACGCCCGCUGGAACUCGUCCAUCAUCGAACCCCUCGUCAAGGGCGCCAAGGAGAAGCUCCUCGCCUGCGGCGUGAAGGAGUCCAGCAUCGUCGUCCAGUCCGUCCCGGGAGCUUGGGAGCUCCCCAUCUCCGUCCAGAGACUCUACCAAGCCUCCCAAGUCCAAUCCGCACAAUCCGGCACCGGCACCUCCGCCGGCGACCUCCUAGGCGCCUCCACCACGGACCUGACCUCCCUCCCCACCGAGACCGCCAGCGGCCAGCCUUUUGACGCCAUCAUCGCUGUCGGCGUCCUCAUCAAGGGCGAGACGAUGCACUUUGAGUACAUUGCCGACGCCGUCUCCCAAGGCCUCAUGCGCGUCGGCCUCGACAUGGGCGUUCCCGUCAUCUUUGGCGUCCUGACCGUCCUCAGCGACGAGCAGGCCCAGGCCCGCGCCGGGCUCACGGCCGGCGGUCACAACCACGGCGAGGACUGGGGCCUGGCUGCCGUCGAGCUCGGCGUCAAGCGCAAGGCGUGGGCCGCGGGCAAGAUGGAGUAAAGAUGGAGGGGAAAGGAUGAGGACCCCCCUCCCCCGUUUGACACAACUGUACCUUCGAGUUGAAAUGGAUUGGCAGGGGAAACUCUUUAUGUUUUAGACGUUUACCGGGAAAAAAAAAAGUAAAAGAAUCCCAAAAAGGGAGAACAGAAGAGAAAGGAGACAAAUCAUACCAAGGGUCUGUCGUGGAUAGAGACCGACCCGUUGAAAUUUACUUGCCAUUUGGAAACACAUCACCAUCUACUAGGACUUGGGGCCAAUGAUCAAGCAAACAAAUUUGAUGCUCCCGAGUAAGGUAGGUUGAACAACAAACAUAGCGCAAGUGAGGUCAUGGCAAA